CUUCGUCUCCUCCACCCCACCCCAACCCAACCCAACCCAACCCUUCUCUCCACGCAGGCGCAGCGGAGUAGGUGAAGGUGAAGGUGAAGGUGGAGGUGACCAUGCCGCCGCCGAGCUCGAGGGAGUCGCUCUCCGUCGCCAUGGCCGCCCGCUCCCAAUCGCAGCCGCACCUCGACUUCCCCUCCCUCUUCUCCGACCUCACCUCGCUCCUCCUCCAGCACCCGCCGCCUCCCUCCUCCUCGUCGUCGCCUGGCCCCGUCUUCUCCUCCUCAUCUCUCUCCAUCCCCGCGCCCGCGCCUGCGUCGGCUGCCGUCGCCGCCACGGCGCCUCCCACCCCGCUCGCCCGCGCGGCCAUCGGGGCGUGCGCGGGCGCCGCGGCGGGGGCCUUCACCUACGCCGCUCUGCUCCCCAUCGACGCCGUCAAGACCCGCAUCCAGGCCGGCGCCGCCGCGGGGGGGUCGUGGCAGGUGUUCCUCGACAUCCUCCGAACCGACGGGCCCCUGGGGCUCUACCGCGGCCUCUCCGCCGUCAUCCUCGGCUCCGCGUCCUCCUCCGCCGUCUACUUCGGCACGUGCGAGCUCGCCAAGUCGCUGCUCCGCCCCCACCUCCCACCCUUCCUCGUGCCGCCGCUCGCCGGCGCCAGCGGCAACGUCUCCUCCUCCGCCAUCAUGGUCCCCAAGGAGCUCAUCACCCAGCGCCUCCAAUCCGGCGCCGCCAAGGGCCGCUCAUGGCAGGUGCUCCUUCAGAUCCUCCAGACCGACGGAUUCUUCGGCCUCUACGCCGGCUACGCCGCCACCCUCCUCCGCAACCUCCCCGCGGGGGUCCUCAGCUACUCCUCCUUCGAGUACCUCAAGGCAUUCACCCUCAAGCAACGCAACAAGGAGAGCCUCACGCCGGGAGAGAGUGUGCUGUGCGGCGCUCUCGCGGGGGCCAUAUCGGCGGCGCUCACCACCCCGCUCGACGUCGUCAAGACGCGCCUCAUGACCAGGGUGGGCACCGAGGGGAGCCGCACCGUGGUUGGGACAAUGCGGGAGGUCGUCGCCGAGGAGGGGCUGAUGGGCUUGUCCCGGGGGAUUGGUCCGAGGGUGCUGCACAGCGCUUGCUUCGCCGCGCUGGGAUACUGCGCCUUCGAGACGGCGAGGCUUGCGAUUCUCAAAUGGUACAUUGAAGACUGCGAGAGGAAGGCUGCAGCGGAGAUGAAGGCUGGAGUAGGCGCUGCUUGAGUUUGUGAGUGCUCUUUCAGGAAAGUUGGCUGUUGAUUUUGCUCCCAAUGAUGCCAUGACUGUCUCAGGAGUUUUACUGUACCUACCUAGCUAUGCUAUGAUGCAGAUAAUGCACCUGCUUAAAUUGUUUGAAACUUAAGCAUCCUUGAAAGUUCAUUGUAGAGUUGAAGUGCACAAGCAAUAAAAUCAGGCCAUUGUUAAUGUAUCAUCGGUUUUGUUCAA